AUAUAUUCUUUCCGUCAGCAUCCAUCACCAGUCCAGCCACGGUACUGCCCCACACGUGGCACUAUCACAGAGACACUGCAUUGGAAACAACCAACCCGUGUAGUCCACUUUUUUUUUCAUUCCUAUCAGCCACAAGAUGAUUUUUAGGAAGUUUCUCCGGACGAUUCAUUAUAAAGCCGUUUUUGCUGGCGGGUUGUUGUUUAUUUUAAUAUUAUUACUAGUAAGAACCGACGAUUCAUCGUCCAACAGAGGGCUAUUAUCAGCCAAUUUUCUCGGAGAUGGUAAGUGUUCGGUGAGGUUUGCCGGUCUCCACGAGCGCCCCUUGGUUGCGUUGACCAGUUUUCCUGGCUCAGGCAACAUUUGGGUACGACACCUAAUAGAAAGGGCAACUGGCAUUUACACUGGAAACUGUAGACCAGAUAAAGAACUUUUCAAAGAAGGGUUCGUGGGGGAAAUUGAACACUGGAGAAAGGGCAAAACUAUUGUGGCUAAAACGCACGGAUACGAAGAAGGUCACAUCGCCGAAUUCCAGGCCGCCAUACUCAUUGUUCGGAACCCAUACAAAGCGUUGAUUGCCGAAAGAAGCCGUAAACACGCUGGUAUGCACUCAUAUCCAACUCAAGGAAGUUUCUCAGGACCAGAAUGGGAAAAACACGUGGCAUGGAACGCUAUCUACUGGGAGAGGAUCAUGAGUAACUGGUUACAGAGCAGUAUCUCUCACAUCGUCAUCUAUUAUGAAGAUAUCAGACAAGACCCAAUAGUAGAACUAGAAAAGAUGACUGAUUUUCUCAACACGACUCUAUCGGAUAGACUGGACUGUGUGAAGAAGGAUUUAGAAGGUCGUUUUCAUCGCUCCGGUGACGAGGAUUUGGGCUAUGACCCCUUCACCCCAGAAAUGCAUGCGGAUAUUGACCAGCGAAUUGGACGCGUCAACGCCGUUCUUCAAAGCAAAGGCAUGAAACCAGUUUAUACAGCGUAAAUACGUCAACACUCCGAGAACAAAGCCUCGCCCAUCAGUACUGGGCAUCUAUCACCGAAAGUUCUACAUUGGCCUGUAUUUUAAAAAAGAAGCACACGAAAGGACAUGUUAUAGACAGCCUGGCAAUGAAUAAACCACUGGGCUUGCCGUUUUUUGUGCUCGAAUUGUGUUUAUACAGUGAUGCCAGGUCUUGGAAGAAAAUUUGUACAUAACCAAUUAUUAUUUGCUAAUUUUACAAAGACUGGGUUGUUCACGGUACACACAAUAUGAGUGGGUGGGUGGGUGUUAUUCUACCUAUGGGUAUAGAAUUGUUCAUAGCGAUAUAGUCACGGGUGACUUUUGCAUACACAAAAAAAAACAUUCCACAACAAUGUGUUUAAUUUCACGAUGUUCUUUUAUUUAUAACGGAUUUAGAAUGGUGAUGGAAACCAUUGCACGUAUAAACGAUUCCUGUUGUUUGGUGGCGCUGUUCAACACGUCUCACUCUGGACUCAGAGCGCCACCAUACAGGUAAAACUGCCAAUUAAAAUUCUACACGCAAACAAAUACAAUAAGACAGCAGUAUAAUCAUGAUAUUUUGCCCCUGGUUUAACAUUUUAUUGCCACUAUGACGUCAUUCUCGUCUGUUACACAUUCUGAUUUAAAUUUGAUAACAUAUAUUAAGUUAUGUUUAUAUAUUGAAGUAUUUGUAGUGACGUCAUUAUAUGAACAAAAAAAUCAUUUUUUUUUAAUUAUUAGUCAGCUACUUUAUAGUAAUACAAUAUUUGUAUUUAAUGAUAGUAGACUUCAGAUUGUGGAAUUGAAUAGAGCUAUAUACAAGAAACAACACACAUUGUAUUAAAGAAAUAUAUAAAACUCACGUGACGUUUAAGU